AUGGCAUCCAAACCAUAUGAAGUAAAAUGGGGUAUCUUAGCAACAGGAGGCAUUGCAACCACCUUCUGUAAAGACAUCCUCUGCAACCCCGCCACCCGUAAUGUCCAUGACAUUCAGCACACCAUCAUAGCAGUUGCAUCCUCCUCCUCCGCCUCCCGCGCCGAGACAUUCCUCAAGGAAAUCAAAGCCCCUCCUGGUGUCAAAGCCUACGGUUCAUACCAUGAACUAGUCAAUGACCCCAAUAUCGACGUAAUCUACAUCGCCACCCCUCAUUCCCACCAUUUUCAAAACGCCAUGUUAGCACUCCGCGCCAACAAACAUGUUCUUUGCGAAAAAGCCCUCACGGUGAACACCGCGCAAGCUCGUAAACUAUUCGCGACAGCUCAAGAGAAGAAUCUGUUUUUCAUGGAAGCGGUGUGGACGCGCUAUUUCCCACUAAGUAUACAGAUUCGAGAAAUGGUCAAAAACAAGGAAAUAGGAGAAGUGCAUCGAGUAUUUGCCGAUCUCUCACUCCCCGAAGCGAACGAAGAUGGCUCUCUCACCUUUUCCCCCGAGAACCGCAUGGUGAAUCCGGCUUUAGCAGGAGGUGCCCUCCUCGAUCUCGGUAUAUAUGCUCUGACCUGGGUUUUCCAAAUCCUGUACCAUUGCCAACCCUGUUCCUCCUCUGAGCGCGAAACCCCCCGUGUUCUUGCCGCGGUGCAGAAAUAUGAGAAGACGGGGGUGGAUGAACAGACAAGUAUUCUUUUGCAAUUUCCCAAGAAUAAGAGCAUGGGGAUUGCGACGACGGGAAUGAAAGUUGCGACGCAACCGGAUGCGCAUGAUGAGGCGAGUCAGGAUGAAGCACCUAGUAUUAGGAUCCAGGGGACGAAGGGAGAAAUUCAGGUUUUUGGACCGGCGUAUAGACCGUUGAGAUAUAGCGUCUUUAAAAAUGCAAAUAAGGCUGGGGAUUUUAAGGCGGUGGAUUGUGCAAUUCCGCAGGAUCCAGAGAGGGGGAAUUGGGGGCAUGGGAUGGCGUGGGAGGCGGAUGAAGUGGGGAGAUGUUUGAGGGAUGGGAAGAAGGAGAGUGAGGGGUUGGAUUGGAGGGAGAGUGAGGUCAUCAUGGAGGUUAUGGAUGAGGUUAGGAGGCAGGGGGGGUUGAAAUAUAGCGAGGAUAUUGAGUCGGAUGUUUUUGAUGAGAUGAGUGCUUUGAAUGGGAAGGCUUGA